AUGUUGUUGCACAGUGUGUUUGUCUCUGGGUGUUCGUGGUUGAGAUGGAUGGCCACAUUGCUUCACGUGGUUCUGUUCCUGCAGCCGGCGGUGUGGGAGACGACGGAGGCCAUCCACCCAGACUGUGCCCUGGUGGUUCAGCACAUGAAGGCUCAGGAGGAAUGUUACCAGAGCCUGAAACACGAGGAGAGCAACCGCUCCACCAGGACAGGUUGUCCGACAGCGUGGGAUGAUAUCCGUUGCUGGUACCGUGCUGAGGUGGGACAGGUGGUCAGCGUCUCGUGUGCCAAUGUCUCCCAGCUGUUUGCUAACAACCAAGGUUACAUCUACAGGAACUGCACCGAGGACGGGUGGUCCGACCUUUACCCCUCUUACGAGGAGGCGUGCGAGUUCACAGAGGACGAAGAGACGGAACCAGAGACGACAUACUUCUCCAACUUCAAGCAGGUGUACACUGCUGGCUACGCUACCUCCCUCAUCUCGCUUAUAUCGGCUAUUUUUGUCUUCACCGUGUUCAGGAAGUUUCACUGCACCAGAAACUACAUCCACAUCAACUUGUUUUUCUCCUUCAUCCUGAGAGCGAGCGCCGUUUUCAUUAAAGAUGGGGUGCUUUUUUCUGAUGAAAACCGACACUGCUUCAUGUCCUCUGCGUCCUGUAAAUCCGCCGUGGCCUUUUUCCAGUUCAGCAUCCUGGCCAACUAUUUCUGGCUGCUGGUGGAGGGCAUGUACCUGCAGACGCUGCUCGCUCUCACCUUUGUCUUCCAGAAGAAAUACUUCUGGUGGUACAUACUCAUCGGCUGGGGUCUCCCAACAACAAUCAUAACGGCGUGGAUCCUCACUAAAAACUUCUAUGAUAACAAAGGGUGCUGGGAUGACACAGAUGUGGCCUUCAUCUGGUGGAUCAUAAAAGCUCCAAUAACUGCAUCACUACUGGUGAACUUCCUCAUCUUCGUCAAUGUGAUCCGCAUUCUGGUGCAGAAGCUGCGAUCGCCUGGUGUCGGUGGCAAUGACGCCAGCCACUUCAAGCGGCUGGCCAAAUCCACUCUGCUCCUCAUCCCUCUGUUUGGGAUGCACUACAUGGUGUUUGCCUUUCUGCCAGAAAACACAGGAGCAGAGGCCCGAAUAUUCAUAGAGCUCGGCCUGGGAUCCUUUCAGGGAUUUGUUGUGGCUCUGCUCUACUGCUUUCUAAAUGGCGAGGUGCAGGGAGAAAUGAAGAAGAGGUUCUGGAAGUGGCAGACCCAGAGUUACCUGAGGUACAGUAAACGACGGCGUACGCUGUUCACUGAGAGCAGCACGGUGACUCAGAUCUCCGUCCUGGACAAAUCCAGCCCCAAAGAUCAGCCGGCCUCGGAGACGCACGCCCUGGCCCCCAGCAACGUGUCGACGGUCUGA